GUGUUCGUCUGCACGCUGCCCUUCUGGGCCUACGCAGGUGCCCACCAGUGGGUCUUCGGUGGCGUGAUGUGCAAGACCCUGCGUGGCAUCUAUGCCAUCAACUUCUACGUGUCCAUGCUCACGCUCACCUGCAUCACGGUGGACCGGUACCUCGUGGUGGUCCAGGCCACCAAGGCCUACACCCAGGGGUCCACGUGUAUGGCCUGGGGCAAGGCCAUCUUAGCUGGCACGUGGGUGGUCUCCGUGGCGCUGUCCCUGCCGCAGAUCAUCUACAGUGAUGUCCGCCACUAUGACAAGCUCAUCUGUGACUACCACCAUGACGAGAUCUUCAGGGUGAUCCUGGCCACCCAGAUAACACUGGGCUUCUUCCUGCCCCUGCUCACCAUGAUGUUCUGCUACCCCGCCAUCAUCCGGGCCCUUCUGCUCAGCCGAGGCUUCCAGAAGCACAAAUCUCUGAAGAUCAUCAUCCUGGUGGUGGUUGUGUUCCUGCUGACCCAGACACCAUUCAGCCUGGUCAAGCUGAUCCGCAGCUCCAGAUGGGAGUACUAUACCAUGACCAGCUUCAGUUACGCCAUCGUUGUGACCGAGGCCAUCUCCUACCUGCGCAUCUGCCUUAACCCCGUGUUCUACGCCUUUGUCGGAGUCAAGUUUCGCAAGAACUUCUGGAAACUGGUGAAGCACGCUGGCUGCCUCCCUUGUCUGGGAUUCUCCAGAGAAUGGAAGUCUUCUGAGGACAACUCCAAAAGCGGCUCUUCUUCUCACAGUGCAAAGCCCACCAGCACAUUCCAGCUGUAGGCAUGAAGGCUUGGAAGACCCAGAGAGACGUGGCUGCACCUCCUGGAGGAGGUGGCGGGGAAGGCUUUGUUUGUAGCCUGUGCAUUCCCUUG